CUUCCGUUUACAUGUUCCAUUUCAGGACCCUAUUUCCUGCCAUAAGCUCGCCAUCCUGCAAGUGAUAGUCCUCGUCCUUUGCGCAAAACGCAUAGUGUAUACCAGACGAAGCCUCGGUAAUGUAGCCACCGUCAGGAGUGCUGCAAUUAACUUCACCCUGAACUUGGUCAUCAAUAGCAAGCCAGCCCUGACCCCCACCAGAAGAACAGAGAGCAGCGCCAUAACCAAUCAUGAUGGACUCGUCGUCCUCUUCAUCCUCACCCAAGAUAUGGUAGAUUUGUGCAUGAAGCGCUAUGUGCCUCUGGCUACUCUCGUAUCGGUAUGUGCCCAUCUUGGUAGUGCCGUUGCGGCUAUAGGCCCCGCGCUCCUUGGAUGCAGCAAAUGAGACGAGCGGCGAGCGUGCGUCCACAGUAAUGGCUUGCGAGUACGUAGUAUUAGGACUCAGCAUCUUAAUGUACUCAACAUAGGAAUCUUGGCGGUACAAGUAAAGAGGGUAAGUGCAGAGGUUGUAAACAACAAUUUCAGUAGCAUAGUUGGUGCCGCAUGUGUCCGUGUAGUUAGUCUUGCCUAUUGCGUUCUUGAUAAACUUGGGAAAAUCUUCCUUCUUAUCAAAGUACUGAGUGGUGGCAGCAGCAGAGCCGAUAAAGGCCGCGAGGGUAUAGAGAAUGUUAACCAUUGUUGUACAACGAUGUAAUAGGCACUUGAGUAUAGGAGACAACAUUGAUUGCCUCCACGCUUAAUCACUGGCAUGAUCGCGGUUUAUAUACUUCACUCUGAGCGCCGACCAUAUAACUUCUCUUUUCGUUUUUUUAGAAAGCCGCAAAAAUAAAUACCGCGUGAUAUAUCAAUUGCCGAUCUCCAACAUUGUACAGCGAAUCUCGGGAGUUGUCCAUCGGGCCUUCGCCAAGCGCGCUCACGUUGUAUUCUGACACCACAGACUGGGUUUAAGCGCGAGACUAACCUAUCCAACGCGCACUUUUGUUACCGUUAGUACCGUAACGAAUACUAGAUCAUCUGAUCUCAACGUCUUCAGCAAUUUUUCGCGACGGCAGUUACUUGCAAAGUGUCAGCGUUUCUCGACACCACAUGCCGCAUGUUUGUCUCUCCCUUUACCACCCAUUCUGUCCACCCGCAAAAAGCAAUCGCACUAAGAAAAUCCCCCGUAAAGUCCAACUCCCCAGGAAAUUACUUCCACAUGUAAGACGAAGGUGGCGCUCAGCAAGACAAGCUUCGCGUAAACUCCGCACGCCGCACCAUCAAACUUCACUAAGCCGAAUACGGCUAUUAAGCACGCAAACUUACAGAAUUCAGCUUAAGCGAGAUGCGCACGCUUGACUUUCCCUUAACAGCCUAGUUAUAUCCUCCAGAAAACUUCAGACAACCGUACAGGGUUCUCCGCGGGCCCGGUCAUCGUCGCAGCUGCUUAAGAUGCUCACAUAGUCCAUCGCCACGAUGUUUGUCUUGCGGGCUGUCGCUGGAUCCCACACGCAGGAGCAUGCUCACGGUGCCAAAAUGUGGUCAAGAGAUCGCUAUGCUGGGGCUCUUUGCUUCAAUAUCAUCUCGUUUCUGCUGCCUGCACUCUAUAGCACGCUCUCUAAGCUAUGGGUGGCCAAGAUUGAUUCGUCCAUGGUCGCUACCGCCGAUGUAUAUGUAUACAUAUCGGUGUUUGCAGAGGUCCUCAACGAGGGCUUACCGCGAGCUUCGUGGUCGAUUAUUGGCAAUAAGAGCUCUCGAACAUUCAGUCAGCGCAUACAGCUCGCCAAUACCCUCAUUACCGUGCAGUCCCUCCUUGGACUCAUCAUGUCCUUUAUUUUCCUCGGUGCCGCGGAUUCCUUUGCGAAAGCAUUUGUCCCUGUGGAAAUUAGAAAGCAAAGCAUCAAUUACGUCCGGAUAAGCGCUUUUAGCGCACUGAGCAGCGCUGUCGAGAGUGCCGUCGCUGCUUCCACCCGCGCCAUGGAUAUGCCAGACGUCCCUCUUGUUCUGAGCUCUGUCAAGUUUAUCAUCAAUAUCAUCCUCGAUAUGCUGCUUAUAUCGACCUUUCACGUUGGCACUCAUAGCCCGACAAUUAACCUGCAGGCUGGCAUCCAAUUGGCUUGCAGCAUCGUCGCCGCUAGCGCUGGUCUCGUCUACUUCUUCAUCGCACAGACAAGACGGCUUUCAAAGGGCCAAAGUACUCGCCCAGCACUCAGUGCGCUCAGGGUUCUAGUCAGACCUGGCAUAUGGACUCUUAUCGAGUCUGCUGUUCGCAAUGCGUUGUAUCUGUGGCUUGUUACCACAAUCGUCUCCCUCGGCAACACCUAUGCUACUGCAUGGGGAGUCUUCGUAACGAUGCGCUGGGGAAUGUUGAUGGUCCCGGUCUUCUCACUUGAAGCAGCGACGCUUGCAUUCGUCGGUCAUAAUUGGGGCCGGUGGCGACGUGAUGUAGGUCCGAAUAAUCUAACUCCAAAAGCUACCUUUCCCACCCUGGUCAACAUCACUCGCCCAGCAUGGACGUCUGUUAUAAUGGCCAUUAUCAUCGAGAUUUCGAUGUGUAUCACCUUCUCUCUCUUUGGCGCGCGCCACUUUGCCUACUUCCUCAGUCAAAACGACGAAGUUGCAGAAAUUGCAGCAUAUAUGUGGCGAACGAUUGACUGGUGCUACAUCAUGUUUGCUGUCUCUACUCAAGUAGUUGCUAUUCUCCUUGCGACACGGCCUAAAUGGUAUCUUUGGGGGAGCUUGAUCAGCAACAUAUGUUAUGUCCUGCCCUGGGCCAUUGUUUGCCAGACAGCGAAUCUCGACACGAGCAAUGCUUGGCUAUAUCAUGCAUUUGUAUUUGGUGGUAGUCUUGUCUUUAGCUUCGUUCUCGCACCGAUCGUCGUUGCAGUUUGGGGCUGGACUUUGUGUCAAGGCAGAGCAAAACUAGAGCCAUUUAGGGAAUAAUUCGGCCAAUAAAUACAAAAGUUAUAUUAUAAACACUAACAGUAACACGCACGCUGAUGCUUUGUAAAAGUACAUAUAUGCUAUAAGUUAGACAGACAUACCGCGAAUAAUCUCAAUGCUUCUUUCAUCUCGUGGCUCAAAGCGACAAGGGAAGUCUUUGGGGUGGCUCGUCAGACCACUAGUAAGAUUAACAGUUGGGGUAAUCUCUUCGCCGUUUUCAUCGACAGCCUUUUUCAAAUUCAUAGUGCUGAGGACUCGAGCAACAAAAAUCCAGACACUGGCCUCUGCGAGAUGCCUGCCGAUACAGAUUCUUCUACCGAAGCCAAAGUGGCCUUUUGGAAGUGGUUCACCACGGCCUCCUUCUGCCUCAGGAAUAUAACGCUCAGGCUCAUAUUCAUCAGGGUUCUGGUAGAGCGACUCAUCAUGAGUCAUUGCUCGGGCAUUGGCAAAGACUAGGGAACCUGCCGGGAUAAAGUAGCCUUCAUAGAUGUCGUCUUUCAGCGACUUGUGCGGUACGCCGAUCGGUGAGACUGGACACCAGCGAAAUACCUCUUGAACGACAUACUCCAAGUAGGGCAUCUUUGGCCUAUCACUGAAAUCAGGUAGCCUGUCUCUUCCAACCACCUCAUCCAGUUGGGCUUGAGCCUUACACUGGACCGCAGGAUGAAGUAGCAUGUUGAUGAGGAACGCCGUGAGUGUAGCCCAAGUCGUAUCUUGGCCAGCAGCAAAAACAGCACCAGCAGCACCUUUAAUGUCAUCUAACCCAAGCUCUGGCACUUGCCCAUUGUCGAUUUCGGACUGUCGCUGAUCCAAUAGCGAGUUGACCAGGGACUCAUUCUUAACAGGCAGUGCUAGCGCUGCGUCGUAAGGCUUGUUGUGGAGAUUAUCAAUUGCCCAGCGCCAAUCAUUAGCGACUCGUAGUGAUGAAUCAUGGAAAAAGCGAGGCAGAAACCUCAGAAAUGGGAAAAAGUCGACUGGCGUAGCGCCUGGUGCGCCACCAUUAGUCAGGGCAUAGCUUGCAUCGGCAGCGACCUGAAUAAAGAUGUCGUCUUGUUUCUCAAUCCGAAUGCCAAACGCAAUACUUAAAACAAUAGCGGUAGCAAAUCGGCGUGUGAUGGUUUCCCAAGAGUCAGGAUCAUCAAGAAGACCCUGCAGCAUGAUCUGCGCUUCUCGCUCUUGUAACGGCCGAUAUUUGAUGAUAUUGCUAUUUUGGAAGCUCUUUUGUAGCACUUUCCGGUGUAAGCGAAAUUCGGGGCCCCAUUGAAGAAAUGUAAGGGCUUUCGUCCAUCCCAUAAUCUCAAAAAGGACAAAAUGGGGGCGGUUACCGUAGUUGGCGCCACGCCUAUCGAGUAGCUCAGUAGCAGAGCGCGCCGAGUUAAGGAUAAUGGCAGUUUGUCCGAGAAAAUUGACCGAUAGAAUGUCAGACUUUAGCUUUUUGGACCAAGCCAUGUAUGCAUUUUCGGGGUUAAAGGUAGGAAUAACACGUAGGUGACCCAAUAUAAACUCCCCAGGAGGGCUUGGGGGUAGCGGCAUGCCAUGGCGUCGCCAUCGUGAGAGCAGCCUCUUGCAGACAAAGACUGAAGCAACCGUCAAACCUGCCACCCAGGCCAGACGAGACAAAGCACCCAUCAAGCUAGAUGGGGGCUACCAAGCCCACCGUUUUGUUGAGGACCUGGGCUUCUCUCCUGUCCAAGACAGGUUGGUCUGGCAGACCAAACGGUGCAGAUCACCGCCAGCGUCCCAGCCAGGGAGCUAAGUGGGCUGUGUUUCGAGAUUGAUAGCCCUGUAGAAUGGCUUCAAACAGGGCAGAUCGAGCCCCAAGCCGUUGGAACCGGUCGAGCCUUGUUGGCGUUGUGUGAGUGGGCGCUUUGAAUCCCUUUGGCGUGGAGUGGAGGAGAAAGGGGGGAGCCAUGGGGCAGAGCCUGACGCUAGUCGCCCUUCGUGGCGCCUGAUGUGGCGACAGGCUAGCUUUCACCCGGCAGGCAUCUCUAGGAGGUACAUCAUAAAAUGGUGGGUUAUUUCCGAGCAUGAAACAGAGGGUUCUGAAUGGU